AUGCCUGGCGGCGGCGCGCUCGCGGCCACGUCCGAUGUCAACCGCAUCGAGGCUCCGGUCACCUUCCUGGCCUACCUGAUCUGCGCCUUCGCGUCGUUCGGGGGUAUCUUCUUCGGCUACGAUUCCGGUUACAUCAACGGUGUCACUGGCUCUGCCGUCUUCAUUGAGCUCAUCGAGGGUCCCGGCCACACUGCGCUCAGUGGUCCCCACAAUUCGCUCAUCACGGCCAUCUUGUCCGCUGGUACCUUCUUCGGCGCCAUCAUCGCUGGUGACGUUGCCGAAAUCCUCGGCCGCAAGUGGACCGUCGUCCUGGGCUGCGGUAUCUACAUUAUCGGCGUCAUUCUUCAGGUUGCUACGAAUGGCCUCGGCCUGAUCGUUGCCGGUCGUUUGAUCGCCGGUCUGGGCGUCGGCUUCGAAUCAGCCAUCGUCAUCCUAUACAUGUCCGAGAUCUGCCCGCGUAAGGUCCGUGGUGCGCUCGUCGCUGGCUACCAAUUCUGCAUCACGAUCGGUCUCUUGCUCGCGGCUUGCGUCACCUACGCAACCCAGAGUCGCCCCGAUGCAAGCUCUUACCGCAUUCCCAUUGGCAUCCAGUUCGUCUGGGGCGUCAUCCUCGGUGUUGGCCUCAUGUUCUUGCCUGACUCUCCUCGUUACUUCGUCAAGCGUGGUCGCGUUGAGCAGGCUCGCAAGUCUCUCUGCAUUCUCCGUGGCCAGCCGGCCGACAGCGAGUACGUCGAGGCCGAGCUUGCUGAGAUUAUCGCCAACGAGGAGUACGAGCGCUCUUUGAUCCCGUCUGGCAGCUGGAUCAACGGUUGGGCCAAUUGUUUCAAGGGCUCGCUCAUGAAGUCCAACUCCAACCUGCGCAAGACCAUUCUCGGUACUUCCCUGCAGAUGAUGCAACAGUGGACCGGUGUUAACUUCAUCUUCUACUACUCCACGCCGUUCUUGAAGUCGACCGGCGCUAUCGGCAACGUCUUCCUGAUCUCGCUCAUCUUUACCCUCGUCAACGUGUGCUCGACCCCAAUCUCUUUCUACACCGUGGAGAAGCUCGGCCGUCGCCCGCUGCUCGUCUGGGGUGCUUUCGGCAUGUUGAUAUGCCAGUUCCUCGUCGCCAUCAUUGGUGACACCGUCGGCUUCAACCACACCCACCCGACCCCGACCGCGGCAGACCCUACCGCGGUUACUGCAAACAACAUCGGGGCAGUCAAUGCUCAAGUCGCCUUCAUCGCCAUCUUCAUCUUUUUCUUCGCCUCCACCUGGGGUCCGGGCGCUUGGAUUGUCAUUGGCGAGAUCUUCCCGCUGCCAAUUCGCUCGCGUGGUGUCGCUCUUUCCACCGCAUCCAACUGGCUCUGGAACACCAUCAUCGCCGUCAUCACACCGUACAUGGUGAACCCCGAUGAGGGUAACCUGAAGUCCAACGUCUUCUUCGUCUGGGGCGGGUUGUGCACCUGCGCCUUCGUCUACGCCUACUUCCUCGUUCCAGAAACCAAGGGUCUUUCGCUCGAGCAGGUUGACAAGAUGAUGGAGGAAACUACCCCACGUACCUCUGCUAAGUGGAAGCCAUCCACCACCUUCGCGUCCGAUAUGGGUCUCAAGGACGGCGCGAAGCUUGAUGCCAACAUCACCGAGGAUGUUGAGCGCAAGGGAUCCAUCUUCUAA